CCGCGACUCCUACUGCAGUAGACGAAUAUAGAUCGUAGUGUACAGUAUAUUUACAAUAAAAACCCAUAUAUUAUUUAAAUCCUUAUAAUAUUAUAUUUUAUAUCUUUAAUACAUAUUUUUUAUAACAGCUUAUUGUUUAAAAUAUUUAAUAAUUAAGUUUUUCGUGUUUGUAAAUAAAAAAUAUGUUGUAAGAAAUUAUUUAAAAAUCAAAAUUCUGCGUUAUCAUUUAUUAGUAACUGUUAUAAAAUGGGUCUCAGGGAUUUUAGAAUUGUUUUUGAUAAUCCUUGGAGUACUUAUUAUCCUGGACAGACAGUCAGUGGUCGUGUUAUCGUUGCUUUAGAUUCAUUUAAAAAAAUACGCGGUAUAAAUAUUAGAAUAAAAGGAGAAGCUAACACUUGUUGGGCAACUGACAGACAGGAAUUAAAUCACGAAGGAAAAUAUGAAAAACAAGAAGAAACAGUUACUGGCCAUGAAGAAUAUUUUAAUAUGCAGUAUUAUUUACUCGGGUCAUCUUCAGGCACAGAAUUUGAUUUACCCAUUGGCGAACACUUUUAUCCAUUUAAUUGUGCGCUUCCUCCAACUUUACCCAGUAGUUUUGAGCAUGAUUAUGGAUACGUCCGUUACACUGUCAAAGCCACAAUAGAUCGUCCUUGGAAAUUUGAUCACGAAGUUAAAACAGCAUUUACUGUUGUGUCGAACUUUGAUCUCAAUAAAGAGCCUAGAGCAGCAGAGCCAGUCCAUUUGGAAAUGUCUAAAACAUUUUGCUGUCUUUGCUGCGGCUCGCCACCAUUGAAAGUAAACGUCAUUCUGCCAGUCAAAGGAUACGUCCCAGGUCAAACGAUGUCAAUUCGCGUAAACGUUGACAACGAGUCAGGAAUAGUUGUUAAUCUGGUUAAAUUAAUUUUGCGUAAAAUAGUCACCUUCAAAGCAAGGAUUCCGCGAACGGAUACUAAAAUAGAGAAAAUAGUAAUUGCUGAAGUAAGUAAAGGUCCGGUAGAAGGUAACGCAAGUUCGGAUUAUGAACAAAAGUUAGAUAUACCGCCCUUGCCACCUUCGAAUCUUACCCACUGUGGGAUUAUCGAUCUGGAGUAUAAUCUUAAAGUUGAAGCUUGUGUUGAUGGAUGGUACCACAGUAAUUUAAAAAGCAAUACUAUAGUAUUUAUUGGCACGAUCCCAUUGGCAAAUUUUCAAAGCGCUGUCUUACCACCCACAAAUAAUACAUUACCGCUCGGAAAUCCAAGUGCGGAUCCAACAUACGGUGGGUACCCGAGUGGAUAUCCUGAAUUUACCCCUAGGAAUGGCGACCCCUCAAUAUCUCCCACUGCACCUACAGCCCCACCUGAUUAUAACUCUGAUUCUCCCGCUCAGUUACAACCAAAUAAUUUCUACCCUAAUUUACCUCCACCUUCAUAUGAAGAAUACGGAUGGUCGAUUCGAAGUCUUCGGGAUCAUGGAGAAUCUGAUCAAGUACUGGGUAUCCAAGGACAUUAUGCGCCGCGUUACCCAGUUUACAAAUUUUCAACGACUUGAAAUAAUAUUUAUUCUGUCAAUUAAAUAUAUUUACAUAAAUUUAUGGCCUUGCUAAAAUAUAGCUAAUAUAUAUAUAUAUAUAUACAUUUUUUGAGCACAUGCUUUUUAUAAUUGAUUAAUAAAGAUUAAGAAAUAUGAAA